AUGGAGUUGACAGUGUUUGCAUGUGUGACCAGUCUGCUUGUUGUCCUAGGCCACUCUAGUGGAGCUAUGCCCAAUGGUCUAUCACAAGACACUGAAUCCACUUGCCUGAGUGUUUCCUGGGGAGCAGAGGUGAUGCAGUGGAGACAGGAGCAGCUACUACAGUGCAGCACAGCUUACCAGACCCGCCCCCCUUUGCCUGCAAACACUGAUCAUGAUGAAGAUCGACCAGGCCUAGCAAAGAUGCUCAUGGUUCUACAGAAUCACAAGGCUCUGAAAUGUGUGGGAACAAAGCAUGAGACGGUUCAGCAAAAGAUGCUUAUUAACUCAUGGACAAUGUGGUACCUAUUUUUCAAGAAUAAAGAUUCCGGUAGUCAUUGGGCAUCACAUUGCAAAGAUAAUCCCCCACCCAAAGAUUCUCCUCUCCCCCAAUCGCAGGAACUGUACGACAACAUAUGGCCUAACAUAUUUGAGCCUAAAAGUGAAAACCAACAGGAUGUAAAAACUAACUGGGAGAAAGAAGGAAAAUGUGCAGAAAAAUAUUAUAAACUACAAUACGAAAAUGGUUGUACCAGUGGGAAAACUGGUGAACAUGAUCCAGCUCACUGCUACUACAAGCAGGCACAACAGUUAUAUGAGAGAGGAAUAAACUUCCGCCCUGUUCCAGCCCAUAUAAUUCAGAACACCACUAUUGAUAUAGAUACAACCGUGUCCUCCUACCUCAAUGAAGUGCUUCGUAAAAUGUUUAAUAGUGAGGACAGCUCUGAAAACAUCAUCGAGUGUCUUCAAUUGUCAACUGUUCAGAAGUAUUUUUCCGAAUACAUACUUAAGAAAGUGAACCCGUACCUUGGUUGUCAGUACAGAAAUGGAGACACGAGCACAUGCUAUCUGACAAGAGUUGGUCUAUGCUUUACAUGCAAUGUGAAAAAUAGGAGUUCGGAUAAGCCUGGCUACUGCACACCUCGGCUCAGUGAUGGUGCAUAUCCUCCAGGAGUGCUUGCCACCUGUCCCAUGGGCGAUAUCUUGGAUAUGCCAUGGAAUGAGGGAUUAGACGAAGAAUUUCAGGACAUGCCAUGUUUAGACAAUAAGAAAUGUCAUUACGUUCGGUAUACACCACCUGAGGAGAACGAUAAUUGUGACUAAUUUUGUACAUGCAUGCAUUAGAUGGGUGCAUAUAAUUAUAGCAAGACUAUUAUUUUGAUGGCUGGUCUUCAAGGAUUUAGAAACAAUACAGUCAAAGACUCAUGUAGAUCUCUGUGUAGACUAAUGUUAUUUAUUUUGCAA